AUGGUUGCAAUAAUUUAUAAUGGAAGUGUUAAUAUUAUUAAAUUCAUCCAGAAGAGUAAUCAGAAAAUGGACAAUAUUCAUAAGCAAUAUAUCGAAUCUCGAGAAUUUGAUCAAUUAGUAAAUGUGUUAUAUGCUGUAAUAGCGAUAUCUGCUUUAUGUGUUAUUACUCCAACUAUUAUUGUUGUAUUUUCUGGAAUAACAAAAUUAUAUGCAAAUAAUAAAUCUUCAUCAAAAUGUUCAAAAGUUUUCUUCAAUUCGGGGCGCUAUUGUGGUCUAUUCGGUCUUGCCGGAGCGUUCUUUACCGGAUGGAUUAUAAUGCUUGUUGCUAGUCUAAGUUUUAUUUGUGGAUACAGUAUAGAAGCACUUUCUAAUCCAUUAUUUCGCGAUUCUGAAAUGCGUUUCUUCACCACAUCACCGCUAUUUCAAUUUACUAUACAAAAUCCUAUUGACAAAAAAAAUUUUACGACAGAUAUUAGUAAUAUUAUAAAGUAUUGCAAAGAAAAUGAAACCAUUCUGUCGGCGUUAGAAUUUGAAAGAUUAAUUAAUAUCGAUGCAAUUAUAAGGGAAAUAGAUAUUGAAGAAAAGGGAGAAAAAGCAAUUGAUGCACUUAAAAAUGUAAAUUUGAAGCAAUAUUUUCCGGAACAGUUUUUUAAUGAAUUUACGGAAGAUUUUGAACAAUUAGAGAAUAUGAAUACUGAAUUACAUAAUUUUAUCAUUUCGGAUGAUAUCACAGCAUUAAAUGAAUCAUUACGUGAUAAUUUGAGUUAUAUGAAUAAAAACAUAUCAAAUUUAGUCGAAGUUAUGAAUUACACCGUUAUUAUUACUCAGCAACUAAUUGAACAAUACUUAUAUUCGAAUGAAAUAAUUAAUGAUAGUGCUCAAAUAAUUGAAAAAGAAUGCAGCAAUAUAGUUGCUAAUAUCAAGGAAUAUAUUUAUAAUAGUACGGAAUAUUUUCGAAAAAAUUCAUAUAUCUGUCGUCCUUUUUAUGAUAUUUGGGAAAAUACCGGUUUAGCGGUGAGUCAAAAAUUAAGUCGACCAGUUCAAGGUAUUUGGAUGUCAACUAGUGUCUUAUCGCUAUCUUAUGUUCCAGUUAUUAUUCUUACAGCACUCAUUAUCAGAUAUCUUGCUAGGACGAAUAGAAAAUAUGAUUUUAAAGAAAAUUCAUCCGAAAAUGCUAUCGCAAUGAGUACAACAACAGAUGCUUAUCAAUAA